AUGCCGGCUCUUCGCUCUUUAACAACAGUCACCCUUCUUUCAGCUUGCCUGGCGCAAGCAUGGGCCGGACCCGCCUACAACAGACGAACCGCUCCAGAGGAAACGCCAGCAGCCGUAGAAGCGCCACCUCCGGAGAGCACAACACCUACCGACUCAGCAACAGCACCUCCUCUCGCAGAAGCCACACCACCUCCAGCAAGUGAGACAGCUGUAUUGCCUCCCGCCGACGCCGUAACACCUCCUGUAGACUGGACACCACCACCUGCAUGGACGCCACCAGCAGCUUGGGUACCACCGCCAGCGUGGACACCGCCAGCCGCAUACUGUCCACCACCGGAGUGGACUCCGCCGGCCGCAUACGUGCCUCCGCCAGCGUGGACGCCACCAGCCGCAUAUACCCCCGUAGCUCCUGCAGAAUGCCCUCCCGCGUCAGAAUGCCCACCUCCCGUGACCGCCACAGAAACAGUCCAUAUGACCGAGACUGUUCAUAUGACUAUAACGGAGCCUACACACAUCACCGUAACCGAAGCCGUCCCUGUGACCGAAGUCCAGCAAUUGACAGUCACACUUCCGCCAAUGAUUGAAACCGUUCAUAUGACAUUAACGGAAGUUCAGCCUGUUACCAUGACCGAGGUCCAACAUGUGACCAUGACUGAGGUUCAACAACUCACAGUGACCGAAAUUAUGAUUCACAACCUUACGGCCACUCUUACGGCCACCAUGACCGAGGUUCAGCCAGUGACGAUGACUGAAGUCCAACAACUCACUAUGACGGAAGUCAUGCACGUUACCAUGACCGAAGUGCAGCAGUUGACUGUGACCGAAAUUCAACAGCUCACCGCAACAGCGACAGCUACCGAAGUUCAGCAACUGACAGCAACCGAAGUGCAACAAAUCACAGCAACCGAAGUCCAGCAACUGACUGCUACCGAGGUGCAACAAAUCACCGCGACCGAAGUCCAACAAUUGACUGCCACCGAAGUACAGCAACUCACCGCCACCGAGACCGCAGUUCAGCAAAUCACGAGCGUCCAACAACUUACCGUCACCGAAACAAUGCAAGUGACAGUCCCGCAACACAUCACGAUUACAGAGCAGCAAGUCGACCAAAUCACCAUCACCGAAUGGUCGUCACCAACCACCAUUACUGUGUCAGCAUGCAGUACGCCCGUCGCAGGCAUCGAAAUGCCACCACCGCCUCCGGCGUAUACGCCUCCACCAAUGAUGCAUACUACGCCACGAUAUAUGCCAGUCUCACCUGUUACAGGCGGAUACGUGCCACCACCACCGCCGCCUGCUCCCACCAUGUGGGCGGACACCAUGAUGGCCCAUCCACCUCCCAAGAUGCACGACACCAGCAUGGCCCCACCCAUGAUGCAUACGACUGCCGCACCCACAAUGGUGGCCGCGCAUCAGAUGCCGCCUGCUCCUCCUGGAGUCUUCACUGGCAGCAUGGUCCACACCAUGAUCGGCCACAUCAUGCCGGGACUCGCUCAACUCCCAAAGGGUGAUCCUGCGAUCAUCCCGCCCUUCACUGCGCCGAAGCCGCCGAUGAUGCCACCUGCGCCGAUGCCCACAGCAGGCCAGUUCUUUGACGCGAGCAACAGUACUAUGGCGACCGCGACGAUGACGACUGAGACUGCAAGCACCGCUACAAGUGUGGCUGCGGAGAGCACUGUCUCUGUUGACACCGCCACUGCGACUGCCACGGAGCCCGCUGCUUCAGACACAGCUACCGCGACUGCUUCGUCAUCCGCGUCGUCGACAACCACAACGUCCUCAACAACGUCCGCUGCAGCGUCAGAAACUCCAGCAGCGGGCCUCCCACCCGUAGAAGCCGGGAAGGCAGCUACCGAUGCCGCGGCCCCUCCAGCCGUCACGCCGGCAGCGCAAGUCGAUGCACCCGCAGAGACAGUCAUUGACGUGAGCUCGCUGACGAUGGCGAACAGUGGUGUUCUGGGCGUUGGGCUGAAGCAGAGAGACGCUGUGGUCAGGAGGAGGGGGGAAGGGAAGAGGAGGUGGGCUGUGCCCAGUGGAGGUUACUGA